CUUUUCAAAGAAAAGCUAAAAGAAUUCUAUUCAUUUAAAAUGUUUGCUACAAUUUUUAUUUGUACACUUGUGACAACACUUGUUACAGCAGAAAUACCCUCUUAUAUUCAUGUAUGCAGCCGUAAAGAUCCUAAUCUUGAUCAAUGCAUUACGGAUAGCAUUAAUAAUUUGAGGAAUAAGCUCUGUGAAGGAAUAUCGGAAAUGGAAGUUCCAUCACUUAACUCAUUUAUUAUUAACGAAAUAGUUAUUUCCGAUGCAGAUAAUGCCAAAUUAUAUCUCAAAGAUUUGAAAAUAGAUGGGCUUUGCGAUUACGUUAUAGAUUCUUUUCACGUAGAUCUUGAUAAGCUCCAUCUCGAUAUUCAUGUCUCAUUCAAACAAAUUAAGAUAAAUGCUACGUAUGAUUUCGACAUACAUUUAUUGGUGCCCUUUGUCCAGAAAGGACCAGUUUAUCUUACUUCAGAUAACAUAAAAGGAAAAAUUGGUGUAGAUUUAAAAGUAAUAACCAAAAAUGAUAAAAAAUACAUAUAUAUAUCAAAAAUGAACUUGAACCUAGACAUUAAAACAUUGAGCAAUAAAUUUGAUACGGAGGGACAGAAUUCAAGUCAAUUAAACGAAAUUAUUAGUAAUUUCAUAGGCAGCAAUGAAGAAGAAGUUAUCAAGAAGGUUAAACCUUCACUAGAAGAACAAGUAACCAAACAAAUAAUUUUCCUUGCGAAUAACAUAGUGAAACAUUUUACUUACGACGAACUCUUCCCUGAACAAGUAUAAAUUAUUUAGAAUUUUAAUUAUUUAGAAUUUUAAGA